AUUUGAGAAACCCCUUCAAAGGACGGAAUAAUGGGAAAAUGUCAUCACUCUUUAAAAAUAAAAAAUAAAAAAACUAUAACGGAUCCUCUUUACUCUUCACUGGAAGGAAGGAAUUCCAGAGACCCGAAAAUGAGUAGAACUUUCAAGUUUCCCGCGAAGGCAAAGACCGCUCUUUACCUCGUAACAGGCACGGGCACAUUCACCGGCCUUGCCUUCCAUGUUUCUAACCCUAAUUCCAUCUCACUUUCACACGAUUCUUUCCUCGGUUCCUCCAAUUUCCCCGAGAAAAUUCGAACUGUGUUCCAUGGCGUCCUCCGCUCGUCUCGUGCAAUCUCCACUAUUGCUUGCUCUGUUGUCGACUACAAGUUUUCUUUACAUGGGCUUCCGGAGGACUCUGAAGAGUACCUUCGCAAAUUGAAUGAGGUCCAUUUACGCUCAGCCAAGAGAAUUCUGAAAUUAUGUGAAGCAAAUAAAGGGUUUUAUGUCAAAGCUGGCCAGUUUGUUGCUGCCAUGCGGCAGGUCCCAAAAGAAUACUCAUCAACUCUUUCUUCAUUGCAGGAUCAGGCAGUUCCUUGUCAUUUCAAAGCUAUAAAGCAAGUACUAAUCAGCAAUCUGGGACGUGAUUUGUCUGAAAUAUUUUUGUCAUUGGAUGAACAACCGAUAGCUGCUGCAUCUAUUGCUCAAGUACACCAUGGGAUGUUGAAAGAUCACCAAGAAGUAGCAGUUAAGGUGCAAUACCCUGGGUUAGAGGAUCAGAUGACACUGGACACGAGUACCAUGUCUUUCAUUUCGAAAUACGUUGCAUGGUUAUUCCCUGAUUACAGGUUUGAGUGGCUGGUAACAGAAUUUGCUGAAACUAUUUCUUUAGAACUUGACUUCAUUCAGGAAGCAAAAAAUUCUGAGAGAACUGCCAGAAACUUCAAAAACAAUGACAUGGUCAAGGUUCCUAGAGUGUUUUGGGAGUUGACGACAAGCCGGGUUCUGACGAUGGAGUUUUGUAGGGGUCACAAGGUUGAUGACGUGGAAUUUCUAAAAGAAAUGGGAAUCAAUCCAACAAAGGUUGCAAAAGCACUGGUGGAAGUAUUUGCUGAAAUGAUAUUCAUCCAUGGUUUCCUCCAUGGAGAUCCACAUCCUGGUAAUAUAUUUGUUUCUCCAGAAGGUCGGAAUGGCUUUUCUUUGGUUCUUUUAGAUCAUGGAAUCUACAAAGAACUAGAUGAAGGAUUUAGACUGGACUACUGUGAGCUUUGGAAGGCUUUAAUUCUUCUGGAUCCAAAUAAAAUACAACAACUAGGUGAACGCUUUGGUGUUGGAAAGUACGCUAGAUACUUCCCUCUCAUUUUCACUGGAAGAACUAUUGACAGUAAAUCGGUCCUUGGGAGGGGAAUGUCCGGUGAAGAGAAAAGGAAUUUAAAGCAGGAGUUGAAUUCUCUGAAUAUGGAGGACAUAUCUUCAUUUAUGGAAUCUCUGCCUCCAGACUUUUUCAGAAUAUUGCGAACAGAUGGGCUACUGAGGUCUAUCAUUAGCAAGCUGGGUGCUUCACAACGGGUUAGGUUGCUAGCCUAUGCCAAAUAUGCAUUAUAUGGUCUUUCCCCAAAGUUGAAUCCUCAAUCUGACUCUACUGUAAAAGUACUAUUAUACAGAUUCAAGACAAAUGUUAGUUAUCUUCGGUUAAGGCUUGUUCUUGAGGUACUGGAGCUGCUUUCUUGGAUGGAGAACGUCAGGCAUUUUCUCUGGACCUUUCGUAAAACGUUUGUUGGUGCUAUAAGGAGUAUCCUCAAGCUUUCUUUGUGCAUUGAAUUCAAGCCCAGAUGAAGAUUUCUUUUCAUGUUGUCUCAUUUUAGUCCUUUUGAUCGGUGUCGCCUGAAUGUUUGUCUCCAUCUUGCUGCCUACAAUCUUAAAAGGUGCUUAGGUGCAUAUUCGGUGGUCUGAAGGGAUAUUCUGAAGCUGCUGAUCUGCGUACUGAUUGCUUUGACUGGUAUAUACACAUCUUUGAGUUGGAUACAUGUGAGAAAAUCAUUCAUUUCUGGUUAGGGAUCAAUAAGAGUUGGGGUGGCCAUCUAUAUUGUUAUCUUUCAACCGAGGGAACCCUUUUUCUGGCUGUAUUUGUCAGUUAAUUUAGGCCUUAACCAAACCUUGUGAGUUUUGCAUAUACCCUUGGUUUUGAUUCUAGUAUGGUUGAGAUUCAUCUUCAAAAGACACCAUUGUCCCUCCAAGGGAACUCCUUUUUAGUUUUAUUACAUCCAUAGGACCAUAUAUAUAUAUAUGGGUCUAUUUUGUUGGUUUA